AUGCCACAGUCAUUUAAGGAACUCGGGGUUGCCAAAUGGCUCAGUGAGUCUCUUGAGGCAAUGAAAAUACACUCGCCUACUUCGAUUCAAUCUGCAUGUAUACCUGAAAUUCUUAAAGGUCGAGAUUGCAUUGGUGGUGCCAAAACAGGUUCUGGUAAGACGAUUGCAUUUGCCGCACCCAUGCUUACACAAUGGUCACAAGAUCCAUUUGGAAUUUUUGGGUUGAUCUUGACACCCACUAGAGAGUUGGCAUUACAGAUUGCCGAGCAAUUUGCCGCAUUGGGCGCACUGAUGAAUAUCAAGGUUUGUGUUGUUGUUGGAGGUGAGGAUUUUGUUAAGCAGACUUUGGAGUUGCAGAAAAAGCCCCACUUCGUAAUUGCUACCCCUGGAAGACUUGCCGAUCAUAUCUUGAAUAGUGGAGAAGAAACUGUUUCUGGUUUGAGAAGAAUUAAGUAUCUUGUUUUGGAUGAAGCUGAUCGGUUAUUGAGCAAUAGUUUUGGCAGUGACUUGCAAAGAUGUUUUACAAUCUUGCCUCCAAGUGAGAAAAGACAGACAUUGUUAUUCACAGCAACAGUGACUGAUGCUGUUAAGGCAUUAAAGGACAAGCCAAGAGCAGAGGGUAAAUUACCUGUCUUUUUGCAUCAAGUCGAUGCAGGAGUCGAUCAAAUCGCAAUUCCAAAGACAUUAUCUACAAUGUAUGUCUUUGUCCCCUCCUAUGUCAAAGAAGCCUACUUGACAUCAAUUUUAAAACUCCCUAAAUAUGAAGAAUCUACAGCAGUGGUGUUUGUAAACCGUACAAUGACCGCCGAAGUCUUGAGGCGAAUGUUGCGUAAAUUAGAGUUCAAAGUUGCAUCGUUACAUUCUGAAAUGCCCCAAACUGAAAGAACAAACUCGCUACAUAGAUUCAAAGCCGGCGCGGCACGAAUAUUGAUUGCCACGGAUGUUGCUUCGAGAGGUUUGGAUAUUCCAACAGUUGAAUUGGUUGUUAAUUUUGACAUACCAGCUGACCCAGACGAUUUCAUUCACAGAGUUGGUAGAACAGCAAGAGCGGGAAGAAAAGGUGAUGCUAUAAGUAUUAUUGGUGAAAAGGACAUUGAGCGAAUAGAAAGCAUUGAAGAGAGAAUUAAUAAAAAGAUGGAAUUGUUGGAAGGCGUUGAUGACGACAAAGUGAUUAAUGACUCGUUACAAAAAGCCACAACGGCGAAAAGGGAAGCGAUGCUGGAUAUGGAUAAGGAAAGCUUUGGUGAACGAAGAAAAGUGAAUAAGAAAAAAAGGGCAGUUGAAGAGCCCAGUGGUAAGAGGCAACAGAAAAAGGUGAAGAAAGUUAAAAGUUAA